AUGUCGGAGCCAGAGUCUGACCCCGAGCAGGACAAUGAAGACUACGAACACGACGAACCAGGCAUUCAAAUGAGUUUGGCCGAUGACUGGUUUGAAAUCGGCAUUCUUCUGCUCUCCCCUGUCAUCACAUCCAGGAAGAACAAUCGAGUAUCACAGCGGCACAUCCUGCGCAGGAACUCGGACAUUAUCAGAGCAGAGAUGUUCCGCAACCAGUACGACAACGAUGUAACAGUAUGGAGCCCUCAGGGUCGCAUCCAUCAGAUCGAAUAUGCCAUGGAAGCGGUGAAGCAAGGCUCAGCAACUGUGGGACUGAAAUCCAGAACACACGCUGUCCUCGUUGCACUGAAGAGAGCCCAGUCUGAACUGGCUGCCCACCAGAAGAAGAUCCUGCAUGUUGACAACCACAUUGGCAUCUCCAUCGCCGGACUGACUGCUGACGCCAGGCUGCUCUGUAACUUUAUGCGUCAGGAGUGUUUGGACUCGAGGUUCGUCUUUGACCGACCCCUUCCAAUUUCUCGUCUCGUUUCACUCAUCGGCAGCAAAACCCAGAUUCCCACACAGCGCUACGGGAGGAGGCCCUAUGGAGUUGGACUCCUCAUCGCCGGCUUUGAUGACAUGGGGCCUCACAUCUUCCAGACCUGCCCAUCGGCAAACUACUUUGACUGCAAAGCCAUGUCGAUCGGAGCGCGCUCCCAGUCUGCACGCACCUACCUGGAGAGGUGCAUGGACAAGUUCCAGGACUGUGCUCUGAAUGAACUGGUUCAACAUGGCCUCCGCGCUCUCAGAGAAACGCUCCCCACCGAGCAGGACCUCACCACCAAGAACGUCUCCAUCGGCAUCGUGGGUAAGGACAUGGAGUUCACCAUUUACGACGACGACGACGUGGCUCCGUUCCUGGAGGGGCUGGAGGAGAGGCCGCAGAGAAAGGUCGCCCAGCCUGCAGAGGAGCUGGCUUCUGGAGAAGCACCCGAUGAGCCGAUGGAGCACUGAGGGAGCAGAGCCUCCGUAAAACCCCCAGACCAACCGGAUGAUGCGGCUCUGUAGAGGAGAAGGCUGUCGUGAUGUGCCACUCACAAAACUGUUCAUUCAAAUUAGUCUUUGCCUACAUCAACCCAUGUAACAUUUUUUAUUGUAUGGGUAAAAUCUACCAUUAUAGUAAUAAACAUCCCUUUUUUUGA